GGACCUUUGGCCACCGCCGGCCACCCCUCAGUGGCCAUGGCGGUGCUGCUGGGGCUGCUCCUGGCCGCGCUGGCCGGGCUGGCCCUGCUCGCCGCGCUGCUCGCCCCGCCGUUCCUCUGGGACGACCUGGUGGCCUUUGUCACCAUGGCCAGGUCGGCGCUGCGCUGCCGCCGCCGCUUCGCCCGCAGCCCCCCCGAGACCCUCCUGGACGUGUUCCUGCUCCACGCGCGGAGGCGGCCGCGGCAGCCGCUGCUCCUCUUCCAGGACGAGCUUUACACCUACGAGGACGUGGAUCUCAGGAGCAACCGGGCGGCCUGGGCGCUGCAGCGGCGCCUGGGGCUCAGCCCCGGCGCCACGGUGGCCGUGUUCCUGCCCAACUCGCCCACCUACCUGUGGACGUGGCUGGCGCUGGCCAAGCUGGGCUGUGCCAUGGCUUGCGUGAACACCAACGCGCGGGGACGGGCGCUGCGGCACGCGCUGGAGGCCGCCGGGGCCACCCAGGUGCUCGCCAGCCCCGAGCUCCGGGUGGCCGUGGAGGAGGUUCUCCCGGACCUGCAGCACUCUGGGAUCCACGUGUUCUACCUGAGCCCCUCGUCACCCACCCCGGGGGUCCCGGCCCUGCUCCCCGACAUCGAGGCAGCCCCUGCAGACCCUCUGCCCGCCCAGCACCGCGCCGGCAUCACCGCCACCUCCAAGGCCAUGUACAUCUACACCUCUGGCACCACCGGGCUCCCCAAGGCCGCGGUGGUGACGGAGCUGAAGCUGAUGAUGGUCGCCAGCCUGGCCUGCAUGUGUGGGCUGCGCCGCGACGACGUCGUGUACACGACACUGCCCCUCUACCACUCGGCCGGGCUGCUCGUCGGCCUCUGCGGCUGCCUCAACAUCGGAGCCACGUGUGCCCUGAGGAGCAAGUUCUCGGCCUCCCAGUUCUGGGCCGACUGUCGGCGGUACAACGUCACCGUCAUCCAGUACGUGGGGGAGCUCAUGCGCUACCUGUGCAACACGCCCCCGCCUGUGCCCCCCCAGUUCUUCACACCCUUCGAGCUGAUCAAGUACGACGUGGCCACGGACAAGCCCGUGCGGGACGAGCGCGGGCUCUGCAUCCCCCUCGGGCCCGGCGAGACGGGGCUGCUGGUGGUGAAGAUCACGCGGCACGCGCCGUUCCACGGCUACGCCGGCGACGCCCGCAAGACGGAGCAGAAGGUCCUGCGGGACGUCCUGGCCAAGGGCGACGCCUUCUUCAACAGCGGUGACCUGCUAAUCAUGGACCACCAGGGCUUCCUCUACUUCCAGGACCGCGUCGGGGACACCUUCCGGUGGAAAGGGGAGAACGUGGCCACGACGGAGGUGGAGGCCACGCUGGCCGCGGUGGGGUUCAUCCAGGAGGUCAACGUCUACGGUGUGGCCGUGCCCGGGUGCGAGGGCCGCUGUGGCAUGGCCGCCGUGCGCCUCAAGGACGGGGCCACCUUCGACGGGGACACCCUGUACGCCUUCACGCGGGACACGCUGCCCUCCUACGCUGCCCCUCGCUUCGUCAGGGUCCAGGACGCCCUGGAGAUCACGGGCACCUUCAAGCAGUCCAAGAACAACCUGGUCCGGGAGGGCUUCGACCCCCAGCUGGUCCGGGAUCCGCUGUUCUUCCGCGACGAUUCCCGGCGAUCCUACGUCCCGCUGACCCCGGACACCUUCGCCGCCAUCCAGGACAUGAGGCUCAGUCUGUAGCGGCCUCGGGCUAAUUAACGAGGCUAAUUAGGGGCUAAUCAGGCACUGUGGGCUGGGCUGGGGGGUUAUCCCAGCCCGGCCUGUCUGUGACAUGGAAAUUAAACCCUUAAUUCCCA